UCUCUAUAGAUUGAGGGCUUAAGUCCUUUAUCAAAUGUGCAGUUUGUAAAUGUUCUCAUCAAAAGGCUUUCGUGGCAUUCUAUCCAAUGACUCGGGGUCCUGGUUGAGAGCUGGCGCCUCCCGAGACCGAGUGGAGGCGGCAGGCGGGCGCCCUCAGCUCUGCCCCGCCCUCUGGGGUUGGAGUCUUCCUCUGAUCCUGUGCCCACUUCCACUCCAGAGCCCACAGCUGGCCUUGGGGCUGGGGACCCCCACCUCUGCCUGGAGUGUGCCCCGAGGUCACACACUGCUCCUUAGAUAGUGUCUCUGUGGUGCCCUGUUGGAGUGGACAGGAGAGGUCACCUGGAGAGGUCUUGCCGGCCUCAGCCUCCACCAGCCCUUGGCGCCUCCCCGGCGACACUCUGGUCCACACGCUUAUGCAACCACUGAUAAGGUGGCCACGAGACCAUAAUCUGCCCUGAGUGGCAGCCUGGCCCCACCCUCCAUGUGGGCUUGCGGGAGGCCCAGCCGGGGGUCUGCAGUGAGGGGUGCCCAGGUCUCUGACAUCACCUCUGUCACAACUGAAUUGGCCCAGGCUCUGCCCUGAGACAAGGUCCAGAGCCCUGGCCAAUGGUGGGUCCACUCCUGUGUAGGGAGGUGAGGGGUGGGGCUCUGGGGGACUGCUUCCCAGCAGCACCCCAAGGGCCCCGGGGCCCCGCCUCAGCCAGGCUGCAGGUGGACGGAGGUGCGCACAGUGUGAGUCAGGUGAGAGCCCUCCAGGAAGUGACCCCUGGGGCCUGUGGAGACACUUGAGCGAUUGUGCCAAACAAUGGACAAAGAGGCGCUGGGGUUUGUGGAGCCAAGGUGCCUUCCGCUCCCCAGCCUGCUCGUGGCUGAGCCCAGCUGGAGGGCGGCGCUAUAAAGCCAGGCCGGCGGGGUUCGCGUGGACUCGGGACCGUGGGCCAGAGGAUGGGCAUGUGGAUGAGGGCCGCUCUGCUGAGCUGUGUCCUGGCGCUGCUCCAGGUGUCUGCUGCUCAGGCCGAGGUCCUGCUGCAGCCAGAUUUUGAUGCCAAAAAGGGUCCCGGGGCCAGGAGGGUCCAGCCUGCCUGUCACCGAGCUGUCCUGCAGUUCUCAGGCCUCUGGUAUGUGGUCUCCAUGGUCUCUGACUGCAAGGUCUUCUGGGGCAAGAAGGACCACCUGCUGAUGUCCACCAGGGAGAUCAACGCCACAGAGGAGGGCAACCUCAGCGUCCACAUGGAGUUCCCCAGGGCUGAUGGCUGUAACCAGGUGGAUGCUGAGUACCUGAGGACAGGCUCCCAAGGGCACUUCCGAGUCCCCGCUUUGGGCUACCUGGACGUGCGCAUCGUGGACACGGACUACAGCUCCUUCGCCGUGGUCUACAUCUACAAGGAGCUGGAGGGGGCCCUCAGCACCAUGGUGCAGCUCUACACCACGGGGAUUCACAGGCGCCCCUGCACCGCCCCAGGCCGGACCCAGGAAGCGAGUCCCCAGGCCAUGAAGGCCUUCCAGGACUUCUACCUGACCGUGGGACUCCCCGAUGCCAUGAGGGUCACGCUGCCCAAGUCAGAUGCGUGCUCCCCCGGCGGCAAGGAUGCACCAUGACAUUGCUGGAGACCCACCUUGGCUCUUCCCAGGUUGAGCUGGAGCAGCAGGCCUUGGCGCCCCAACUCCCGAGUUGUCCAGACUCACGACCCUCCUGGCCCUGUACCUCCCCGACCCCCAUUCUCCACAGGACAUCUCCUUAGGGCUCCCCCUUCUACCCAAUAAACAGAAUCUGCAGUUUCGAGACUCCCCGCCUCUUUGGAG